UAGAAGAUAAGAUACACAGUGGAAGAUUUCUUUGGUGGAGAUAACAAUAUUACAGGAUGGAGCCCGGCUCUCAUAAACUCUACCAUGUACACGGCUUCCACUCCCGGAAUUUCCUAGACACGUACUGUAACAGUAAACCAGAAAUGCCCUUUACUCAUGAGGCUUUUAGGUAUCCUAUGGAGAAAUUUCACAACGCAUUUUUCUCAGGUGACUUUAAGGGAGACGUGUUGAUUGACAUCAGUAUUGGUCCCAUCAUACAACAUCUCUAUGCAGCGCAGGAGUAUUUCAGAGAUAUCAUCCUUCUCAAGCCUACUGAGCACUGUAUUGUAGAAUUAAAAAAAUGGACAGACAGCCGAACCGGAGCAUUUGAUUGGUCACACACCACUACACUUGCUACAGAAUUUGCAGGAAAGAGUGACCAAUGUGAGGAGAAGGAAGUCGGACUCAGGGCGGCAAUUACACAUGUUGUAAAAUUCGAUCUCAACAAGGAAAAUCUCACAGACCCAAUUGGGCUACCACAAGCCGACUGCCUUGUGUUCUUUUGUAUUCUGGAAGCCAUCAGCAAAGACCUUGAAGAAUUUGUGAGAAACUUCAGGAAAUUCUCAAAGCUUCUAAAACCUGGCGGGCGCAUUAUGUAUUAUGGAGCUUUAAAUUGUACAUUCUAUAUGGUUGGGGGAGAGAAGUUCCAUUCUGUAAAGUAUAAUGAAAGUGACUUGAGAAGUAUACUCAGUAAUGAGGGGUUUGUUAUCACCCAUUUGGACAUUUCUCCAAGAAAGGCUGUGAGUGAUCUGAUGGAUUUUGAUUCAUUUGUGUUCUGCACAGCUUAUAAACAACAGAAGAUUUAGACCCCAUUCCCACCAUUGUGUUAGAAAGUGCACAUGAAUUUCAUGUGCAAUUUUUAGUGUAAUUUUAAUGUGUAACAUUAAAAUGUAAUGUAAGGCAAAGUGUGGGUGGGAGCUUUGGAUGUGUUUUCCAUGAAUUUUCCUCCUGGAAAAUGUACCACGUGGUUUAAAAAAUGCACUAAUUAAAACUGUUUUAGUAAAUUUUCUGUGCAUCACCAUGUGUUGCUAUUGACUAUAAGGCAAAACACAAUUUACCAAAAACUCAUAAAUGAUGCAGAAAGCAGGAUUUGUGGAAAACAAAAUUCACUGCCCCCUUACACAAAACAUUGAUGUGAACAACUUCAUAGAUUGUAAUGACAACUAGUUUUCAUGAGAUUUUAAUAUGCUGUGAGCCUGGGUUGUAGAGCAUAUAAAAAAACAAUGGUAGUAAUGGGACCCAGCUUUAGGUAGCUAACAAAACCCAGAAUUGUAUCAAUAAGUCUUCUAUGUUCUGGUAGAGCACCUCAAAUGUUGAGGCAGUCCUCUGAAAAAAGAUAUCACCAACCACAAACCUGCUGCCAAACUAGGGUUGCCAGCUUUUCAUCAAGCCAAACCCGAACGCUUUAGCGGUGCACAGUAUUUUUUUUGGGGGGGGGGAGGUUUGUUUUAGUAUACACUUUAGGAUUGUAACAGACCUGGGAAAGCUUUGGGCACUCCAAAGAAAAUAGUAAUGAGGCAAACAUAGUGCCCACUCACCCUUCUGUCAAGACCUGUUCUGAACCACAUUCCUGUCUGAAAAAUAAGUCUGGGUUUCAGGUGGACUGAAACCCUGACACAUAAUUCAAAACCUGAACUGUCUGGGUGAAUCCCAGACAGGUGGCAACCCUAUUCCAAUCCAAACCCUAAACACCAACUUUUUAUACUGACACAAAUAGACUGGGGCCAUUGAUAUCUAGGCAGGCUGCCAAAGAUACAAAAGCCCUGAAGAAAGCAUCCUACGACUUUAGAAAACGGGUUAGCAUCUUUGAUUGAUUUUUGAGCUAAUAAAAUAAUAAAAAUAUUCUGAUUCCAGAA